AUGUUCGGACAAGACAGUGGCGUGUUUACCUCGUUUAAGCCCAACGACACUGACCAAACUUGUUCCCAGGACAAGCACGCCACGCCAUUUAAUAGACAAGUGCGCGGUGUAAAUCUUGGUGGAUGGCUUGUACUGGAACCUUGGAUCACACCUACGCUGUUUUAUCAGUUUCUCAACACGCAGCAGCGAUUUGGCGACAAGGCCCCCGAGAAAACUGCUAUGGACAUGUACACUUUUUGUACGGCUCUGGACAAGGAGGAAGCUAACCGCCAGCUACGUAUCCACUACGAUAAUUGGGUCACAGAAAAAGACAUCAAAGAGCUCGCUGCGUCAGGCAUCAACUCAAUGCGUAUUCCAGUCGGUGACUGGAUGUUUAAUCCGUACGAACCUUAUGCUGGGUGCACAGAUGGCGCCGUGGAAGCGCUGGACCGUGUGGCCGAGCUAGCGCUGAAAUAUAACCUUGAAAUCCUGCUGGAUGUUCACGGUUUAAUUGGCUCGCAAAACGGCUUUGAUAAUAGUGGCAAGUCCUCGGCUGUCAAAUGGACGUCUAUCGCGAGUACACAGCCUGUGGGCACUACCACGUUUGAGCACUGGCCAAUUCGUCAGGCUGAAUGGGCUGGCACAUAUGAUGUCGAGCACCACAACUACUCGAGUAUUAAUUACGCGAACCUUAACCACUCAAUUGUGGCAGUGGAGGCCAUCAUCAAUCGUUACAAGGGUCACAAGGCAAUCAUGGGUCUCGAACCAGUCAAUGAGCCAUGGGAGCUCACGCCUAUCAAAGUUCUAAAGCAGUAUUACUGGAAGUCAUACAAGCGAGUGAAAGCUCUUGCUCCCAUGUGGAAGUUCGUCAUCCACGACUCGUUUCGUUUCGGCCUCUCGUUCUGGGCUGACUUUCUAAAGGGCUGCCCAGAUAUCGCCUUGGAUACGCACAUUUAUCAGGCGUGGAACCCCCCUGGGACAGUUGCUGAUUUUUUUUCCAAUGCCUGUCAACAGAAGUACGUCAUCAGCGACAUGGAGAAUGCUUUGAUGCCUGUUAUCGUUGGAGAAUGGUCAAUUGGUACGGACAACUGUGCUAUGUGGCUCAACGGCUUCAACGACAACCUGCCGGGAUUUCCGAAGGUGGAGUGCCACAUGGUCGAUUGUCCAAUUAAUAGCACAUACCUCGGCGAGGGCUUUCCAGGAACUCCUUUAGACAAGACCAAACCGAUUCAGGGUCCCUAUGGCACUGGUAUGUCGGGCCCGUCGUUUGGCAAGUGCCCCGUCACUAGUCAGAGCUCUUUUGACCAAGAAGAUGACGUCGCACUGACAAAAGCACUCACACUGAAAAAACUGAAUGGUUUCGAAAAUGGUCACGGUUGGUACUUCUGGAACUUCAAAACAGAAUUUGCAACAAAGUGGAGCUUUUUGGACCUAGUGCGUUUGGGUGCAUUUCCAAAGAACGUUUCAAACUACCAUGAAAGCGAUGGUGUCGAUAAAGCCUGUUUGAAGGAAGACCAAGGUGAUUUUGUCUGCCGUGCCAAGCGCGGGGUACAGAAGUUUGAGCUCAAGAGCGGGCUUGCAUUUGCAUGCAACUUCCCAGCCAUCGACUGCUCAGACAUUGAUAAAAGAUUCCCGACCCUCGUGGAGCAGUGCGAUUGGGCCUUUAACGAGUACUGGCAUCUUAAACGCAAGGACGGUGCCACCUGCGAUUUUGGUGGCGCUGGUCACUUACUUACUGUACCCGGAGCUGCCCCAGCUGAGUCCAAGACCAAGCAAUCGAAGCCUAGUCACUUCCUUGCAUCGGUUGCCAAGUGGAGCAUUAUGUCUAUUUUGGGCUUCGCUGCCCUAGCUCUCGUGGCAGUAGGUUCUUCAAUCUUUGCCAUCGUGCGCUGGCGCCAAAAUCGUACGCGCCGUCAGUAUUCGCCUAUUGUUGAUCGCGUUUAA